AUGUUUGCUUAUAUAAAGUCGUUUGCAGUUGCGAAAUUCAACAACGCGAACUUAUACGAUCACGACCGAAUCAAAACAACUUUGCGAUAUGUUGACCACGGCCUAAACAACCCAACAUUGCGAUAUGGUGACCGCGGCCUGAAUAAUCCAACAGUGCAAUAUGGUGACCACGGCCUAAACAACCCAACAGUGCGAUAUGGUGACCGUGGUCUGAAUAAACCAACAGUGCGUUAUGGUUACCACGGCCUAAACAACCCAACAGUGCGAUAUGGUGACCGUGGCCUAAAUAAACCAACAGUGCGUUAUGGUGACCACGGCCUAAACAACCCAACAGUGCGAUAUGGUGACCACGGCCUGAAUAAUCCAACAGUGCGAUAUGGUGACCACGGCCUAAACAACCCAACAGUGCGAUAUGGUGACCACGGCCUAAACAACCCAACAGUGCGAUACGGUGACCGCGGCCAAAACAACCCGACAGUGCGAAAUGGUGACCACGGCAAAAAACAACCCAACAGUGCAAAUGGUGACCGCGGCCAAAACUACCAAAUAUUGCGGUAG